AUGAAACGGAAAGCAGAUCAUAUGGCUGAAGUCUCCAAUCAUCGUAGCAUUCUGAAGAAGCGCGCCAAGAAAGUUCUCAACAAAGACGAAAUCUUGAAAUGUUUUCGUCAAGGGCUAUUUUCCCGCGACAGUCUCCGGAAGUAUGCGCAAGAUUAUGCCUCGUCAAAACCCUACAAGCACAGUAUUAUCAGUGGUCUAAUUAACGACGAGCUACUCCGAUGUGUGCGUGCUGAGGUCCUAAAACACGUCCAUUUCACUCCUAAGGAAACAGAUAUAUAUCGAAUUCACCAAUCGGGUGACCUAGCCAAUCUUGAUGGCCUCGAUGAUGCGGCCUUGGAGAAAUUACCAAGCCUACUUCGCCUAAGAGAUGCUCUUUAUUCGCAUGAAUUUCGAAAAUUUAUUGCAGCAAUUACGGACACUGGAGAGCUAAGUGGGAAAAAGACUGAUAUGGCUAUUAACGUUUACACUCCUGGAUGCCACUUGCUAUGCCAUGACGAUGUUAUUGGAAGUCGAAGAGUCAGCUAUAUAUUAUAUCUGAUAGAUCCAGACUUGCCGUGGAAAAAUGAAUGGGGAGGAGCUUUGCGACUUUAUCCUACUAAAACACAUGAAAAUAAUGGGCAGAAAACAGUUACGCCUUGCUCAGAUUUUGAAAAGAAACUGCCGCCUGCAUGGAACCAGUUAAGCUUCUUUGCUGUGCAGCCUGGAGAAAGUUUUCAUGAUGUUGAGGAGGUUUAUCAUGCUAGAAACAAAAAAAUGCUCGAAAAAGAUGGCGGCAGAAUUCGUAUGGCAAUAAGUGGCUGGUAUCAUAUUCCUCAAAGCGGCGAAGAAGGUUUUGUUGAGGGCGAAGAAGAAAAAUGGGGAAAGAAUAGCAGCUUGAAGCAGUUACAAGGGCAUCCGGAUCUAUACGAUUUUCCAAAGCCGCAACCAACACCCUAUGAAACUUCUGCAGUCGUCAAUACUUCGGAGAAAAGUCUCAGUGAGGCAGAUAUUGAUUUUUUGCUAAGAUAUCUAGCUCCUAGUUAUCUUACACCUGAUACAUUGGGCUCAGUUGCUGAAAAUUUUGUGGAACUAUCAAGUGUAACACUUGAUGGGCUAUUAUCUCAAAAGUUCUCUGCGAGAAUAAGAGAAUAUGUUGAGGCUCAGGAAAAUCGAUCAUUAGUCAGCAAUACUGCUGAAAUCGACAAAGGCUUAUACAGCGUUGCCCGACCGCCCCAUAAACAUCGUUAUCUCUAUCAACAGCCUGCAAUUCCACCACUUCAAGAUGAUAACAAAGAAUAUGAUAAUCCCAUUCAGGAGCUACUCCAGGUAUUUCUACCUAGUCAAGCGUUCAAACUGUGGCUGGAACUGGCGACUGAAUGCACUAUUAAGAACUUUGAUAUAUUAGGACGAAGGUUCAGACGAGGCUCCGAUUAUUCCCUAGCUACAAAUUAUGACGGUGAUCCGAGGCUAGAAAUCUGCCUCGGUCUUACACCAACUUUAGGGUGGCAAGAAGAUGAAGACUUACCAGAUGAAAAUUAUCAACAAGAAAAAGCACCCGUCCCGCCAAAGCAGAACAAAAGGAAAUCUGAAAUCGAAAUAGGAAAGCAUAUAAAGCCUAAAAAAGUCAGGAACAAGGAAAAUGAGGAAAGUCUUAUGGAUGAGUCGGCAAAAAUCCCAAGUAAAAUCAAGAGAGAAAUUUUGUUAGAACCAGCUGAGACUGAGGAAUUUGAGGUUGGAGGUCAAGAAGUAUAUAUGGCAGGCGAUGAUGAAACUGAAGACGCUGCAGUAUAUAAAGGAACAACAGAGUCGGAAGACGAUGGGGUUCUCUUCACUAUGCCAGCGGCGUGGAACAAGAUGAGUAUAGUACUCCGCGAUAGUGGCGUUCUGAAGUUUGUAAAAUACGUUAGUAAUAAUGCUAGGGGUGAUAGAUGGGACAUAGUCGGUGCCUUUGAGUUGAUAGACAAAGGAGAAAGCAUCAGCGAAGAUGAUGAAUUAUCUCCGGAAAGGUCAGUCCUGCCUGAAAAUUCCAGUGAUGAAGAAGAAUUUGAAGGAUUUUCCGAUUCUGAGGCCCAUGAUACUGGUUAA